AUGGAUGACAUCGCGGGGUUGAAAUGGACUUCAACCCCGGCAAACGGCCAACCACGCACGACAUCUAAUUACAAUGCGUUUUCUACGUUCAAACCUACGCCGCCCAACUCUGGACGAGCAACACCUCUCGACGCAUCUUCUGCUACCCAACCUAGAGCGAAAUCCACCACUCCAGUGAGCGAUAGCUUUGCCAACCUAGUGUCAUUCGGGCCGGGCGCAAACAAGAACCUAUCGCUCGUAGAGCAACAAAAGAGACAGGCAGAGACAAGACUUGAGCAGCAGCAGAAGACAACUCAAAGUAUACAUGAUCAAUAUGCUGGCGGAGAUGAUCAGUUUUGGAACAACCUUGGGAGUGGGAGAGGUACCCCUGUCGUGGAUGGUCCAAACGUUGCCUCUAGAAACUUGCCAAACAAUACACGAAAUGACAACAACGAUGAAGAAGAUGAUCUAUUUGCCGCCUUCAAUAAGCCAGCUCCACGGCAGAAUCAGCCCCUUGCAACGAGUUCCAACGACAAUGUGAAGAAUAAUGAGGAAGACGAUCCCUUCGAACUAUUGAAUUCUGCUUCUCGGAGGACCGAUACGGCCACAACUGCUACCUCUGCAGACGAUGAUGAUGUCCUUGGUUUGCUUGGAGAGCCUGCCUCGGUUCACCUAAAAGCCGAUCGACUGCCUCGCGAGGAAGAUAGUCAUGCUGAAGAUAUACAUCCUCAAGAAAAGGCCAUAGCUGAACUUGUAGACAUGGGAUUCCCCGCAGACAAAGCACGGCUUGCUCUCGAAACCACAGAAACGGGAACGGAUGUACAGGCUGCUGUGGGAUAUCUGCUGAACCAGGCACAUGCUGAAGCAAGGCAAAAAUCCCUAGGCCGUGAUUCGCACCAGCCUGACCAUGACAGGGAAGGCAGACUCAAGAAUGGCCAGGCAGAUCAAGAAUCGUCUCAACGCCGAACAAGACGCGACGAUGGGAGCGGGUCUCGGAGUCGGCCACAUGGACGACCAGGUGCUUCAGACAAAGAUUUCGAGCAGAUGGCAGCGGAAUUUGGCACCAACUUUCUGAAGACAGCUGGGUCACUCUGGAAACAAAGCACGAAACGUGUCCAGCAGGCUGUUCAGGAUUUCAAUGCCGACGGCGAAUCUUCCAGUCAGCCACGCUGGAUGCGAGAAGCAGAGCGACCACACCGGAUUGAUCAUCAACAACAUCCACGUUAUGUUGGUUCGGGCAUGACAGACCCCAGUAGGCGGGUCCCCGACGGUCAGAAACCUUCAGAUGUAACAGACGAGGCCCUGAUGCUUGAAUCUGAUCGACCGGCUCCACCACCGCGCCCUACAGUUUCAUCCAGGACGGACCGUUGGCUCGAUCCCAGUGCAGACUCUUCUAGAGACCACUCUCCAGCCAUUCCACAUCGUUUAAGAGAAUCACUCCCCCAGAAGCAGCCUGCCUUCUUACGCCAGCAGACUCCGUCACCUGCGGCAACGUCAAGGGCCGCAUUGAACAGAGCAACCGCAGACGAACAAGCCGCCCAAGCUUAUGUCAGUUCUGCGCGAAGACGCAGAGCUCCAGCGAGCGAGCAACCAGUAGAUCCUGCUUCUGAACCCGAUCUUCUCGAUGGGAACUUCAAAGCUACUUCCGAGCCGCAACCAGCCCCAAGAACUGCAGCAAGGGCUUCGCCUCCCGCACGCUCUCAGCCACAGCCUCACCGACAGACGGGUAUGGCAGUUCGGCCACCUCCACCAAGUCGCACCAUACCGGCGGUCUCAGCUAUUAGCCUCCAGGCGAGCCACUCCCACCGCGAAAAGGGUAACGAACACUUCAAGCGUGGAGACUAUUCGUCUGCGCACACUUCCUACACCACAUCUAUAUCCCAUCUCCCUGACUCUCACCCACUCCUUAUUGUGCUUCUAACCAACCGCGCUCUAACCGCGCUCAAGAUAGGCGAGCCCAAAACCGCUAUUUCUGAUGCCGAUCGUGCCAUGACUGUGAUAGGAAACUCCAAGGGGGAGAACGAGACCAUCAACAUGGCCACAGGAAACGGCCAAGAUAACAAGCCCAUGCGCGAUUAUUACGGCAAGGCGCUUAUGCGCAAGGCUGAAGCGCUGGAACAAAUGGAGAAAUGGAGCGACGCGGCUCUCGUAUGGCGCGAAGCUGUCGAAGGCGGCCACGGUGGUGCAACGAGUAUACAAGGUCGCAUGCGUGCGGAGAAGGCGGCCCGCCCUCAGCCUCCGAAAGCACCGCCGAAGCCUAAAGCCAUGUCCAGACCCAGUCCGAUGCCCGCAAAGGCCGCGUCUGCACCUCCCGCAGCAGCGGUGAAUCGGCUACGCGCAGCAAAUCUAGCAGCUGAAAAGGCCGACGAUGAGAAAUUCCGCCUGUCGGACUCUGUCGACGCACGCAUUCAAGCGUGGAAAGGGGGGAAGGCGGACAAUUUACGUGCGUUGUUGGGUAGUCUGGACAAUGUGCUCUGGGAGGGUUCAGGAUGGAAGAAGAUCAGCAUGGCUGAUCUGGUGUUGCCUGGGAAAGUCAAAAUUCAAUACAUGAAAGGCAUUGCGAAGGUGCAUCCUGACAAGAUCCCCACGGAUGCAACAACAGAGCAGCGAAUGAUCGCGGGUGCGGUAUUUAGUGCCUUGAACGAGGCUUGGGACAAGUUCAAGACGGAAAAUGGUCUUUAG